AUGGCAGAUUAUGUCGGUCACAUGAAACUGGUGAAUGAGCAGACCUUGAGUGAUAGUCUUGUGCUUGAUGAAGUCGAGAUAGCUUCUUCCAGGAGAAUUUUGGUCCAUGUCCAGACGCAUGAUGGUCCUGUCAUGAAGCUGUACAUAUGGGACAAGGUUGCUGUAGACUUCUGUGAGAAGUUUAAAGCGCUUGGAAAACCUCCAACCGUUAUUCUGGUUACAACUGUGAAUCCAAAACGUUUUGGAGGUGCCUUAACUCUGUCAUCUCUAUCCUCAUCGCGUGUGUUUUUUGAUAUGGAUGUUCAAGCAACCCGGGAAUAUCUGGCUUGGUUUGAAUCGAACACAGAAGUUGCCAAUAGGGUGUAUGCUGAGAUUGUCACCAAAGCCGAGACGGCUACUAUAGGGGAGCUGUUAUCUUACAUGAUGCAGGAAGAGGCAAAGGUAGCUUGGUUUGAGUGCACAGCCACUAUUGAUGAUGUUGUGCGUGAUUCGGCAUGGUAUUAUAUUGCUUGUGGUGGGUGCAAGACUAAAGCAACCAAAGGGCCUACCACGCUUAUGUGUAAGAAGUGUGGAAAGACUGAGAUUGUCGGCACUCCAGAGUAUCUCACGAAGAUCUCUGUCUAUGACAACAAUGAUCACGCAAGCUUCGUGCUUCUCGGUGAUGCUAGGCGUGAGUUGACUGGGAUGAAAGCCUCGGAUUUGGUUGAGAGCUACUUUGAGGCCAAUGAAAACGUCGGAGAUGAUCAUGUCGUCCCGGUGCCACAGUCUCUUACUGAUUCCAUUGGACAGUCUCGCACGUUUAUUAUCAAGGUAUCAAAACACAACCUGGAUGGCAAGACCCAGACUUUGACUGUCACCAAAGUUCUCCCUUUAGAAGUUCCAGCACUUGAAGGCGACAUAGAUGAAGGCGUGGAAGAGGAGCCUGUUGAUGAAAAGGAUGGAGCUGCAGAUGGGAAUGUGAAAAGGAUAUCUGAUGGGAUUGAGUCGGGAGAGACCAAGCGUGCCAAAUGUGACUAA